GCCUCUACUUUCUCUUUUGGCAUCCGUCCCUCUCCCCAAGAGUAGUCCUCUUUCUGUGUUGCCCCCAAGAGAGAACCAGAACUCUUUUAUCUCUCUCUUUCUCUCUCUCUCUCUCCGUUUUGCUGCAGGGGAAAGGGAAGACGCUGUGACUAGAAGAUAUUUUUCUCUUUGGCUCUCGCGCUCGUCUUAAAACAGAACCAGUAACAAGAGAGAGAGAGAGAGCGAGAGAUACCACUAAGCAGUUUUUGGAUCGAACAGUUAUUUAAAUGAUCUGGGGCAUUGUUAAUUUGUCAUCAGACACUGCCGAUGUCGAGGACAAGUCCGCCAUGCCACCAGAACAUGGAUGUGGUGAAUGCAGGUAGCGAACCUUGGGAGUGGCAAGAUGAUAUUCAGCUUCAGUCUGAUUCUCCACUUGAUAUUUCACAUUGUCUGUGGGAGGAACUAAAUGAAAGUGGCAAAGAUUCAUGGUGCGUGUUUGAUGAGGCAACUCCGAUAAAAGAUUAUGCUGGCUUUGAUUGCCCUGUUUCCUCUUUUCUGGAUGAAGUGGUAACUGAAAAGGAAAUGGAAGACCGUAGGAGCUCUUCAUCACAAUUAAAAAGGAGGCGUAUGCUGCAAUUCUCUUCAGAAACAGCAUGUGUUUUGAAUGAGAAUGCAUCCUCUGCUUUUGUUAAAUCUAAGAUCAGGGAGGAAUCUUUGAUUGAAGAAAGUGGAGAUGUGUAUCUCUCCAAUGCAGUUCCUGAAGAUCAGCUUUGGGCCUCACAUAUUUCUGAAGAACGUGGCAGCCCUGGUCAGUCACCGGACAGGUGGAUGAUGGAGUGCUUUAAUGAUCAGGAAAUGCAGAUCAGCUCAGAUGACAUCAAUAACUGCUCGGGUGUUUCAGAGGAACAACUUAAAGUAUCAGACUUUUGCAAUAUGCCACCUGAAACGGAAAUGGAUGCUCGGCAAGAUUUUGCAACUGAAGCUUCUCAUACCUAUCUUACAGGUUCAUCAUUUCCAAAAAUUGCUAUGAAAGCAACUACUGUUGCUUAUCCCUUCACGCUCGUCAAGCCAUGUGGAGUGCAAGGUGGUGUAACACUAAAAGAUAUCAACCAAAGGAUACUUAUGCCUCCAGCAUCAAAAUCAAAACAUAAGAAGAACAAGGAGGCUCUCCCAUCAUAUCCUACUUCAGCAUUCUCGGGGAAGCCCGUUGUUGCAUUAACUAAAGUCCACACAGAAGGAGGGAAAGGAAGCAUUACCAUAAUGAAAACCAAAGGUUGAAAAGAAUGACAAGUUUCACCAGCUGCACUUUUUGGGGUUGCAAAUACUUGAUUUCUCCUUAAUGUUGCUUUCUUCAUCAGUAGUUUCUGACUCUUGGUAUGACAGAUCUUGCAUAUAAUUGUUGUUGGAAUUCCAUUAUCAUGCAAGUGUCUUUUCUUA